GAAAUGUACACAAUACAAAUAUAAAGUGGUUUGUAGCUGUAAAAUAAACUCUUUACAAAGUGAUUUUGAGAAGGAAUACACAAGAAAGAGAAAGAAAAUGAAGUGAGACGUAGAGUGGGAGUAACGUCACUUGCACUGAGUAGUUAAGUGUUUGUAACCGAUUACUACUCUAUUUAUUAAAUCAGAUAGUGCGUGGGUUGAGUUUGGUUUUGGACUCUUGAUAGUGAAGCAGAAUGGAACUACUUCCGUCAGAGGCAGCUCCGAUCUCAAGAAAACAAGGGUUCCGAUCGCUGAAACUUGUUAACGCCGACAUGAACCAACUCCUCACCGACGAACCAGUCGGCGUCGACUUCGGCACUCUCGAUAACGGCCUCCGCUACUACGUUCGCUGCAAUUCCAAGCCACGUAUGAGAGCGGCUCUUGCACUUGCCGUCAGAGUCGGAUCAGUUCUCGAAGAAGAAGACGAACGUGGAGUUGCUCACAUUGUUGAGCACCUUGCUUUUAGUGCUACAAAGAGAUACAAUAAUCAUGAUAUUGUUAAGUUCCUUGAAAGUAUUGGAGCUGAGUUUGGUGCUUGUCAGAAUGCAGUUACCUCUUCCGACGAUACUGUUUAUGAGCUCUUGGUUCCGGUUGAUAAGCCGGAGCUUUUGUCUCAGGCCAUUUCUGUUUUGGCAGAAUUCAGUUCAGAGAUUCGAGUCUCCAAAGAUGACUUGGAGAAAGAAAGAGGAGCCGUCAUGGAAGAGUGCCGGGGAAGCAGAAAUGCAAUGGGGAGGCUACAGGAUGCUCAUUGGGUUUUGUUGAUGGAAGGUUCAAAGUAUGCUGAAAGGUUACCAAUUGGACUUGAGAAAGUGAUUCGGACUGUUUCUCCUGAGACUGUGAGGCGUUUUUACAAGAAAUGGUAUCAUUUAUGCAAUAUGGCUGUUAUAGCAGUUGGAGAUUUUUCUGACACACAGAGUGUAGUUGAGUUGAUAAAGACUCAUUUCGGCCAGAAAAUCCCAGCACCUGAGCCUCCACCUAUACCAACAUUCCAGGUGCCAUCACACAAUGAGCCACGAUUUUCUUGUUUUGUUGAAUCUGAAGCAGCUGGGUCUGCAGUUAUGAUUAGUUAUAAGAUGCCAGCAAAUGAGCUUAAAACAGUAAAAGACUACAGAGAUUUACUUGCAGAAUCCAUGUUCCUCUCUGCAUUAAACCAAAGAUUCUUCAAAAUAUCUCGUAGAAAAGAUCCACCCUAUUUCUCAUGCUCCGCUUCUGCUGAUGUUUUAGUCCGUCCUGUAAAGGCCAAUAUUAUAACUUCAUCUUGUCGAGGAAAAGGAUCUCUUGAAGCCCUAGAAUCAAUGUUAAUAGAGGUUGCAAGGGUGCGGCUUCAUGGUUUUUCAGAGCGUGAAAUAUCUAUAGUCCGUGCACUGCUGAUGUCAGAGAUUGAAUCUGCCUUUUUGGAGCGAGAUCAAAUUCAAUCUACCAGCUUGAGAGAUGAAUAUCUACAACAUUUUCUCCACAACGAACCUGUUGUUGGGGUUGAGUAUGAAGCUCAACUCCAGAAGACCCUUCUACCACAUAUAUCAGCAUUAGAGGUCUCUAAAUGUUCUGAGGAGUUACGGACGUCUUGUAGCUGUGUCAUAAAGACCAUUGAGCCACGGACAUUUGCUGUGUUUGAUGAUCUUAAAAAUGUUGUUAAGAAAGUCAAUAUUCUCGAGGAAGAGGGUAGAAUUUCUUCAUGGGAUGAUGAACAUAUUCCAGAAGAAAUUGUCCCUGCAAAACCAAAUGUGGGGCAUGUUGUGAAGGAAUUGGAAUACUCAAAUAUUGGAGCUACUGAACUAGUUCUGUCAAAUGGGAUGCGGAUCUGCUAUAAGCGUACAGACUUCCUUGAUGAUCAGGUUAUCUUCACAGGUUAUUCAUAUGGGGGCUUGUCUGAACUACCAGAAAGCGAGUAUUUCUCUUGUUCUAUGGGACCAACCAUUGCUGGGGAAAUUGGUGUGUUUGGUUAUAGACCAUCUGUCCUAAUGGAUAUGCUUGCUGGCAAGAGAGCUGAAGUUGGCACCAAGAUUGGUGCAUAUAUGAGAACUUUUUAUGGUGAUUGUUCACCUUCAGACCUGGAAACUGGCUUGCAGCUUGUCUAUCAGCUAUUUACGACAAAUUUAACCCCAGACGAAGAAAAUGUCAAAAUAGUGAUGCAGAUGGCUGAAGAAGCAGUCUGUGCUCAAGAUAGGGAUCCAUAUACUGCUUUUACAAACCGUGUAAAGGAGCUUAAUUAUGGAAACUCCUAUUUUUUUAGGCCGAUUAAAAAAUGUGACCUAAAAAAGGUUGAUCCUCUGAAAGCUUGUGAAUAUUUCAGCAAAUGUUUCAGAGAUCCUUCAGCUUUUACGGUUGUGAUUGUUGGGAAUAUUGAUCCUACUAUUGCACUGCCCUUAAUAUUGCAGUACCUAGGCGGAAUACCAAAGCCCCCUGAACCUAUUAUGCAUUUUAACCGUGAUGAGCUGAAAGGAUUGCCCUUCACUUUUCCAACAGUCAUUCAUAGAGAAGUGGUUCGAAGUCCCAUGGUGGAAGAGCAAUGUUUGGUGCAGAUAUGCUUUCCCGUGGAGCUGAAGAAUGGGACCAUGGUAGAAGAGAUUCACUUUGUUGGGUUCCUGAGCAAGCUUCUGGAAACAAAAAUAAUGCAGGUUCUCCGUUUCAAGCAUGGGCAGAUAUACUCUGUAGGUGUUUCGGUAUUCCUUGGCGGUAAUAAACCCUCAAGAACUGGUCUUGUUCGUGGAGACGUUAGCAUAAAUUUCUCAUGUGAUCCGGAGAUAUCUUCCAAGCUGGCAAAUAUUGCUUUGGACGAAAUGUUGCGUCUUCAAGAGGAGGGACCUACAGAACAGGAUGUUUCAACCGUACUUGAAAUUGAGCAAAGAGCACACGAGAAUGGAUUGCAGGAAAAUUAUUACUGGCUGGACAGGAUUUUGCACAGCUACCAAUCAAGAGUCUAUUCUGGUGACGUUGGCACUUCUUUUGAACUUCAAGAUGAAGGGCGGUCAAAAGUUAGAUCGUCCCUUACACCAUCAGCUGCACAGUUGGCACUACAAAGAAUAUUGCCCUAUCCUUGCAAAAAGCAGUAUACUGCGGUGAUUCUUAUGCCCAAGUCUUCUCCUUUUAAGCUCCUGAAAGCAGUAUUCCAAUCUACUCGAACAAACUUUGGCAGAGAAGCAAAGAUUUUAGCUGGAAUUGCUGGUCUUGCAGUUUUGGCUCUUAGUUUGUGGAAACAUUCACGCAGUGGUCAUGUUAAUAGCAGACAUUUGCUUGGCAGAGCCACUAAGUAGAAAUUUUUCAACAGUGCGAUUCUUCAUUUCACUAAAGACAGAACACGAGCGCAUACCAACACUGACUAAGAGCUUGAAUGAAACAUCUAUAUAUCGACUUGUGCUUCACCCGCAUCAUGCAGUUUCAAUUGCAUCUUGACAAGAACAACUGGAAAAUGGAUGCUAGCAUGGAUGUUAGCUGUAUGGCUAUUUUGUUUUCUUUCACAAAUUAGUAAUUUUGGUAGACAUGGUUCCUGGGCAGAACAAGAGUGCUCCUGAUGCAUGACACAUUGACACUAACAAGAGUGCAUCUUUGUGUCAUCUACUAGUAUUCUAUUUUUUCAUGGAUCACUUCGAAGAUUCAAAGAAGGGGAUAUGUGGCAAGAGAUUUUUAUUAUGAUGAGAAGUGAGUAGAGGCAAAAAUAAGGAUAUAUUUGGCAGUAUAAAACAUUUUCCGUUUGUAUUUUUUAGUUUUUAUCUUAAAUUAGUUGUACAAUCAAUUUUUAGGAAAUUUGAACUACUACUACUCUCGAUAUUGCAAAACUAAGCCUUAUUACUUCCUC